AUAUUUAUGUCCAAUUUUAUGGAUGAUUGUUCCAGUAUUAUAUACAUAUUUAACAUUUUAUGAAAUGGGUGAUAUUCCAUUAACAUGUCCACAAGAUUAUACAUAUGAAACCUCAGAAAUUCGAUUAGCAUGUAAUAUCAGAUUAACAAACCUACUAUGCAUGUUGGUAUUUCCAAUACUUUGUGUAUUAUAUGGUAUUUCUGUUUGGAUAUUAAUUACAUGUUCAAAAAGAACUGGUCAAAAAUGUGAAUUUAAAAGUAUUCAAUUUUUAAAAUUGUAUAAAAAUGCUUUAUUCUCAGAUAAUGGAUAUAGUAGGGUUAUGGAUGAGGACGAUGAUGAUAUAGAUUUUGAAGAAAAUAGAAUAAUUUUUGAUGAGGAAGAAGAAUUUAUUAAAGCUGAACUUGAUAAUUUUAAAUCAAACUCUAAUUUAGAUUUA